UUCAAACGCCUGUGUGUAAACAAAAAAGUUAUACCCUGUGUUUGCUUUAGAAAGUCCACAUUCUAUUCCACAGUAUUUUUGGAAUGAAAUGUAGCUUCAACUUUACUUUGGCACAAAAAAAGUAAAUAACAAAAUACAAAUACGUACUUGCAAGUGGUCUGUGUUAUUAAAUUUUAGAUUAUGCUUAUUUGUAUUCAUAGAACUUAAUGUUGAUAAUUAAAAAAACAAAUUGUACAUUUAUAUUUUGUAAUUAUUGAGUUAUAUUUUUGAAACUAAAAGUGCAGUGAAAGUUUUGAAAGCGAUUUUAAUAGUAAUUGAUUUUAAUGGAACCUUUCUAAAAUGUAUUAUCGAAUAUUAUUCAUACUACUAGAAAUUGUAGUGAUAUUAUGUAAGGAUGUUAGUGACGACGAAAGAGCCACUAGAGCUGCUUUCAUACAGAGGUUGUUAAAUAAACAGAAGUUCUUAGAAGGCAGAGUAAAAUUGCUAGGAGGGACGAAUAAGUAUGAAGGCAACGUCUAUAUCUACCACGCUGGUCGAUGGGGAGCAGUGUGUGAUGAUUCGUGGGACGAUGCAGCAGCUCAUGUUGUAUGUCGCAAGUUCAACCGCACUGGAAGAGCCACCCACGGUGGACAGUUUGGAGAAGCUAAUGAAAAAUACUGGAUGGAUGAUGUAGUCUGCGAAGGCGAUGAAAAAUCUUUAUCCCAAUGUAUUUUUACUGGUUGGGGAUCGACAGAUUGUGAUAAAACUGAAGCUGCUGGAGUUAUAUGUACAAACAUGACAGAUAACACUGCACCGAGUAAUUUGAAACAAAAGCCAACUAAACGUUUACAUGAAGUCAUUGAUGUCGGGACUAGUAUACGCCUUGUUGGUGGAAGAAGUAGUGCAGAAGGUAGAGUAGAGAUCUACCACAACAGAAGAUGGGGCAGCAUAUGUCCAGAUGGCUGGACGUUAUACGAGGCUGCAGCUAUAUGCCGUCACCUGGCUCUAGGCUAUGCUGAACAGGCUCUCCAAACUGACUACUUCGGCAGCUCGGAGAUAAUCCUUAGUGGUGUACAUUGCGAGGGAAACGAUACUAACCUCUUUACGUGUAAACAUCAAGAGAUUGGUGACGUGGCAUGUCCUCGUGAAGCUGGUUACGUAGCGGCUGUGGUCUGUACAAAGCAGCUAGCUGAUUUACUUCUCGACACAACAGCCAUUGAAAGGUCCGCCCAUCUGCAAGACGUGCCAAUGUUUCAACUUCAAUGUGCUAUGGAGGAAAAUUGUCUGAGCAAAUCUGCUUAUGAGAUACAGAAAACAAAUCCCAACUGGCAGUUCGAAACCCGAAGGUUGCUGCGUUUCACUGCGUCUUCCUUGAACAUCGGUAAUGCAGAGUUCAGACCCUACCUGCCUAAGCAUCUCUGGCAAUGGCAUCUAUGUCACAUGCAUUACCACAGCAUGGAAGUGUUUGCAACGUUCGACGUACUGGAUGCCACUGGUCGGAGGGUGGCUGAGGGUCACAAAGCCUCCUUCUGCUUGGAGGACAACACUUGUCUACCGGGGGUAGAGAAGAAGUACUCCUGCAAGAACUAUGGCGAUCAAGGUGUAUCGGUAAACUGUUCGGACAUAUACCAAUACAACGUGGACUGCCAAUGGGUGGACGUCACAGAUGUGGAGCCUGGGGAUUACUCCUUCAAGGUAGCAGUGAACCCUCACGCACGAAUUGCCGAGCAAAACUACCACAACAACGCUGCAUCGUGUGUUUUGCGCCUUUCGGACACAUAUGCUUUUGUUUACGCCUGCAAGCUGCUCAGACCUUAGUUAUUUAAUUUUUCACUGUGUAUAUACUUUGAUUUUCGUAGAUUGAGACCGCUUGCACUCUCACUAUUGAUUAACCCAAAAGUUUAUACCACCUUAUAAAACAGUCAAUAAUUGAGGCGGUAGGAAAAUAGCGUCGCCAUUUUUCUACAAUAAAGCCAACUGUUUCGUGUAAAAAGCCGCGAACGAUCCAAGGUUGCCAACUGCGCGUCCACAGAUUACUCAUACUAAAUAAUAAUAUACAAAAUAAAUUAAAAGAAGCCGUGUCCUUAAGAUGAAAUUCUUUUUUUUCUUAUUUUAUUUUAUUGAUUAUACUACAUACUACAUCUUCAAUCUGGAUAAUUAUAAUUAAACUCAUAUGUUACUCCAAGUUAUGAUUUUGUUACAUCUUGAAAUGAUAUGUAAAUCAAUUAAGAAGUUUUGAGGAUUAGCGUGACCAAACAGACAAUAGAAUUUAAAACAUGGACUUUUUGUGAUCCACCGAUACAUACAAUUUUAUAAAAAUUCAAAUGUUAGUAUAACUACUACAAAAAUAACUUUAAAACGAGACUAUUAAGAGGAAAAAUUUAAAAAUACAGAAAUAUUAAUAUCUACUAUAAACCAUGAAAAAAUAUAUAUUCUUAGUUAAGUACAUUAUUAGUAAGAAAUAAAACAAGAAAUAAUUAAUUCAUAAAAUUACUUUAUUCGUCCAUACUUAAAUUACUAUCACAUGGUUACCAUAUUACAUAUUAUACUUGAGCAAACCACGACUAUACUUUUUAGUUACCUAUUAACAAUUUUCCCAAAAUAGCUACGAAUAUUACCUAUUUUACUAAUACUAAGUCUUAUUUACAGUGAUAUUUUGAACUUUUUAAGCUUACAUUAUAAUUAUGUUUAUAAAUAAAAGUGAUUGUUUGCUUGUCAUCUAUGCGUACUUAAUCCUACAAACUUCAACUAAAUUAAUGGUAAAUUUUUAAAUAUAUGUUUUAAAAAAAAAUGUCAUCUUCAGAUUAUUUUAGGGGAACGGAAUUGAAUCUAGAAUCUUAAAUGUCACGAAAAUAUCAAAUCGAAAAUAUUGUAUCAAAUUAUGAAUGAAUGAAGUGUCCGAGUGGUUCUUACGUAUGCAUGUUCUAGUACAUACAUACGUAAGAA